AUGCGACGUCGGCGCCGCGACCCGGGAGGCGUCGCGCUGCUCGGCCGGCAGCUGGCGAGGGGGCCCAGGCAUCGUGGUGCCGCCUUCCUCCUUGCCCGCUUCUCAGCGCUGCGGGAGCAGCUGCCAGGCGGAGCCCAGUCGCUCUUUUGCCCGGAGCGCGUUCGUGUGCCGUCCGAGCCAGCAGCCAUGGCCGCCGCUGCAGCCGGGAUCCUGGCCGGGACCGUCCGAGCACUGAGGUUUUACCCACAGCGCCACCCGCGUCCCAUAAUACAGUAUUUACCUUUCCUGAAACAGGUGAAUGUCAAGAACAACGUGAAAAAACUGGUGAAUGUCUUGCUUCAAAAAGCCCACAGUGACCUGGAGAAAGUCCGAGCCAUUUGGAUGUGGACGUGCCAUCAUAUAGAAUACGAUGUGGAAGGAUACCAUAACAAGGUGCCUUCUGAGGCAACUGAUGCCCUUCAGUCGGGGAAAAGCGCUUGUGGGGGCUAUGCUGGCCUUUUUGAAGAAAUGUGCAGUCUUGCAGGGAUACAAUGCAAGCAGUUGUCCGGCUUUGCCAAAGGGUUCCAAUACAAACCAGGAAAAGUAUUUGAGGGGAAGACUAAUCAUGUCUGGAAUGCUGUUUAUCUUGAAGGAAGGUGGCAUCUUUUAGACAACACGUGGGGCAGCGGCUGUGUGGAUGACUCUUGUAGCAAGUUCACUUUCAGGUACAAUGAGUUUUACUUCCUUACCCAUCCUGCCCUGUUUAUUAACGAUCACUUCCCAGAAGACCACAGCUGGCAGCUUCUGAAACGGACAUUAUCACUGCAGCAGUUUGAACGUAAUGUGUGGUAUAAGUCUGCCUUUUAUUCAGUAGGACUGACAGGCACAUCCACGGCAACAUCAGUCAUCGAAACAGAAAAUGGCAAGGCAACUGUUUUCAUUGAGAGUCGUUCUCCGACCCUCUUCCUCUGCAAGCUCAAUGGGGCAAACGAACACUGCUUCAUGAACCUGCAGAGGAACGGGAUGACCGUGGAAGUGUAUCCUCAGGAGGUGGGGACUCAUAGCUUGGACAUCUUCGCCAAACCUUCCAGGAGCAAGGAGGAUAACUACAGCCACGUGGUGGAAUACUCCCUGGUGUGCCAAUCUGUGGACAAAAACUUCUGUUUGCCCAAACCGCUCAUCCAGCCUGUGGGGCCCAGCUGGCAAUCGGAGGAGAAGGGGAUUCUGGGAGCCUCGCCUGCCAGUCCGAUUGUCCACACUGAUGACGGACGCUGCAUUGUCACCUUCACUCGAAGCAGAGACCUGGAUCUCUUUGCCACCCUGGACUCUGAGGCCAGCAGCACGUCGGAGGACUUGCGGAGGCGUCACAUCUGGACCACUCGCCAAGAUGCCCAUGUUGAGUUGAAGAUACAGCUCCCUCACGCAGGGACCUUUGCUCUUCACAUCUGGGCAAAGAAAGCAUCCGAUCCGGGGAACAGUCACUGCGCCCUCAGCUACCUCCUCUUCUGCCCAAACAAGAGUGUGUUGUGGCCGGUUUUCCCACAGAGUUAUACCAACUGGGAGGAUGCCUUUGAGCUGAUGGCACCAGUUGCCGGGGUCUUGCCGGCCAACCACGAUGUGACAUUUAAGCUCAAGCUGCCUGGCGUAGAUGAGGUGUCUGUCGAAUGCGGAAAUUCUCGCCAACUGACUCUUAGCGAAGACGGUUUCUGGGAGGGAACCUGCAACACCUCGUGUGGCCCCAGGGUGACAGUGAUGAUAUCAAAAAAUGGCAGCCACUCCUUCUGGGCCCUGCUGGACUACAAAGUGGAAAGUCACUAGCUAGGAGGAGGAAAUUAAACUAUGUAAAAAGAUCUACACUUGCCGGAAGAGAGGGAAACGGUAAUCCAUCAUUAACCACAGCUUGUGUGUUAAGCAGGUAUAACCGGGAGAUAUAUUAGCAGUCGGAUACUGGCAUGGGGAAGUGGUCCAAACAAUAACCCUGACUAUAAUUAAAGUAAGGGAAGGCAGACCUCUUAACAGUUGUUUUCUUUAAAGAUGAAGUCUAUUGUUAUUGGUGUAACCAAAAGCAAGAAAAUGCGGAACCACGUACAUUUUGAGAACGCUGUAAAAUGGAUUCGUCUGUACACACAUAACUGAUGGCAAGCUUGUAACUUUGGCUGGUUGCUACCCCUAAAAAGAAA